UCUCUCACACAACCACCUUAUACCUGUUUCUUUUUCUGGAAUGAAUUUCUUUUUCCUUCAUUUUUUUCUCUUUCUUUUCUACGAUCUUGGUCCUGUCAUGGAACCAUUCUCUCUCUCUAGACACACACAUAGAGAGUAAAAAGAGAUACAGAGUUUGCUUAUAUUCUAUUCUCAUUUUGUUGAUCCCAAUAUUAGGAACUAUAGGGGGAAGGGGAUCAUAACAAGAAGAGGAAGAAGAAACAAUCCAAUAUGCUGCAGAGAGCUGCAAGCAAUGCAUAUUCAUGGUGGUGGGCCAGCCACAUUAGAACAAAGCAAUCAAAAUGGAUGGAGCAAAACCUCCAAGAUAUGGAGGAAAAGGUGCAAAGUGUUUUGAAGCUCCUAGAGGAAGAGGGAGAUUCCUUUGCCAAGAGAGCAGAAAUGUACUACAAAAGGAGACCAGAGCUGAUAAAUUUUGUGGAAGAAUCAUUCCGAGCAUACCGGUCUUUAGCUGAUAGGUAUGAUCACAUAUCAACAGAGUUGCAAAAUGCCAACAACACUAUUGCUUCUGUCUGUCCAGAUCAAGUCCCAUAUAUGGAUGAUGAUGAUGAUAUAGCAUCACCAAGGACCCCAAGAAAAAUGGCAAAAGGGUUCAGUCCCAAUAUUCCAAAGGUUCCAAAGCCUCCACUUAAAGAUUUGAAAAGUGUCAUCACCACAGCCACCAAGAAACUCAAUCCCAAGAAGUUCGCCACCACAACCCCAGCUCCUAAAGUUCCUAAAUCUGGAUUGAGCAGAAAGGAGGCACUUCAAGAGAUUGACAAGCUCCAGAAACAGAUUCUGUCUUUGCAAACUGUGAAAGAGUUCGUGAAGAGCACUUAUGACAAUGCUAUUGCUAGGUACUGGGAAACUGAGAAUCAGAUCAAGGAAUUGCAAGAGAGAGUUUCCAAUUUGCAAGAUGAACUUGGUGAAGGAGUUGUCAUUGAUGAUGAUGAAGCGCGUCGCUUGAUGACAGAAGCAGCUCUUAAAUCAUGCCAAGAAGCAUUGUCAAAGUUGGAAGAGAAACAGACUGUGUCACUUGAUGAGACCAGAAUUGAGUCAACAAGGGUAAAGGAAGUGAAGGCAAAGUUAAGAUCUCUAAUGGAUGCAUUCCAAUAUGAUCAAACUAAUCCUAAGGAGCCAAGAGCUAAGAGAGAUGUAAAAGAAGUAACCAAAACAAAGGACUUGGGUGAAGAUGCGGACAAAACGUCUCAACAGAGACAGGACUUGCAGUUAUUGCAGGAGAAGAUUAAAGAACACUUUGAGGCUGGUUCAAGUUCAGGUCUAACUGUGAUGGAAAUGGCAGAAAAGAUUGAUGAUCUUGUGAACAAAGUUAUCAGCUUAGAAACUGCAGUUUCAUCACAGGCAGCACAUGUAAAGAGACUAAAAAUAGAAACUGAUGAACUCCAUUCCCUGGUUCAAGCUCUAGAAAGUGAUAAGGAAAGCUUGACGAAUGACAAAGUUAAAUUGAAUGAGCAACUAAGAGAAAUGGAUGAAAAGGUGUAUGCAGUACAGGAUCUAAACCAAGUUGUUGAAGAUCAGAAUAGCAACCUCCAAACCCAUUUCACUGAAGCACAUUGUAGUCUUGAUCAUCUCUCGGCGAAAGUCCAAACGGUGAAGCCAGACGAUGAGGCUGAGGUGAGGGAAAUACCACCGACAGAAAGGAAUUCAUCAAGAGAAGUUGAAUCAGAACAUGAUCUUAAACGACAUGAUGUAUUGAAUCAAGAUAAUGUCUUAUUGUAUAAUGUAAAGACCGGUGAGGAGCUUCAGGCCACUGGUCUGGUAGAAGAUACUGUAAAUUCAGAUAAGGAGCUUAAGGUUGCAGGCGUGGUAGAAGAUGAUGUUGUAAUGUCAGAUGAGAAACUUAAGGUAACUGGUUCAUUGGAAAAUGAAACUAAGGUCACUGCUUCUCCAAAAAUGGAAGAGGGAACCACAGUGGAAAAUGAAUCUCCAAUAGGGUCGAAAGAAAGAGAGAAGACUAAGGAUACUGGUCUUAGUGAUAUAGUAAAAUCAACAAAUGCUCUGAGUAUUACUGCUGGAAAUGAAGAAAGUUCUGGAAACAGCAUCAACAAUAAUCAAAGCCUUUUACCAUUAGGUGAAGAUAGUUCCAUAAAGCAUCAAGAAAAUGAUUCUAAGAAAAUGCAUUCAGAGACAAAGACUACUCCUAAAGGUGCAGAUGAAUCUGAUCAGAGACAAUUGUUUAUGAAUGGAGUGCAGGAUACAGAAAAAGUUUUGCUGUCAGAGUAUAAUAACACCCUUCGGAAUUAUGAAAAUGUAAAGAACAAGCUCAUUGAGGUAGAGAAGAGAAAUCAAGAUACCAUCUUUGAAUCAUCAUUGCAGAUGAAAGAACUGAAGACUGCUAAUGCCUUGAAAGAUGAAGAGAUUAGACUCCUACGCCAGAAACUCGGUUUCCUGCAGAAAACCUUGGAGGGAAAUGAGGAUUUGAGAGAGCUAACUUCAGUGCAGCCACCAGAAAAACACGACAUCGAUGAAGUUUUGAAAAUUGAAGAACCUGAACCCACAUCAGCCAUUGAAGAGAAGUUCCGGACGAGCAUCGAUGAACUUCUUGAGGAGAACCUAGAGUUCUGGUUAAGAUUCAGCACUUCUUUCACCGAGAUACAGAAAUUCGAGUCCACAAUAAAAGAUCUCCUGAUUGAGGAAAAAAAAAUCGAGGAAAAAUUGAAAUCAUCAGAAGGAAGUAGCAGCAUAAAAUAUUCACUGAAAUCAGAUGCAAGACCUUUAUACAAACACUUGGCAGAGAUCCAGAACGAACUUACAGGCUGGUUGGAAAACAGUGCAAUGCUGAAGGAAGAUCUUCAGUGUAGAUUCUCGUCGCUGUGUGAAAUCCAAGAAGAGAUAACCUCAGCGCUGAAUCUAAGUGCUGAAGGUGAUCACUUCAAUUUCACGAGCCACCAAGCAGCCAAGUUCCAAGGAGAGGUUCUGAACAUGAAACAAGAGAACCACAGAGUAGCUGAUGAGCUUCAAGCCGGUCUAGACCUUAUAACAACUCUCCAACUUGAUGUUGAGAAGGCUCUUGCAAAGUUGGAUGAACGGUUCGGGCUCUCGAAUUCGAAGAGAAGUCAGCUAAGACCAGCAGAGUCUAGGAAUCGGAUUCCUCUGAGGUCCUUUAUCUUUGGUGUCAAGCCAAAGAAACAAAAACAAUCCAUCUUCUCCUGCAUGACCCCUGGAAUGCAUAGGAAAUACCGUGCUUCUAGAGGUUAAGAGCCAUAUGUGCAAUAUUGGAUGAAUGGAUUUCUUUUUUGGCGAGAACUUGGGAGUUCUCCUUGGUUUCUACGACGGAGCACAAUCAAGAAUGGUUGCAAAUGCGUGGUGUAAUUGCUGGUCUACAAUGUGAAUGACCUACAGAAAGACACUCUCAGUGUGAGAGCAAGAAGAAAGUUGUUGUGCCCGUUUGGAUUUUCAUUAGAACGUGGUGUUUGAAUUAACGUGAUUUUGGCAAAAUGAUUUUGAGUAAAAUUGUGUUUGAAUAAACAUGAUUUUCUUAGAGUCUUCAGAGCGGUAUUUUUCUUAACGCAACAUGUGUUUGAGCCAUCAAACGCCAAAAUAAACGGGAGCUUAGAAUAACUCAAAUGAAUGCUAGAAUGAAUAACAUGUUUGUUAUGUAAAUGUUGAGACGAGCAAGAUUGUAUUCCUUAAG